CACAAGAUUAUUUGAGUAGGAUGAUUGCAAUCCCUUUAAUCAGAUAAAAAAGAUGGAAUAUUUAGGGAAAGUCAUCAUUUGUUUCUUCCAUUUUCAAUAUCAGCUAUGUACUCAUAUUAUGCAGAAGACAUGGCUUGUGACUGAGCCAAGUGCAUUCAAGAUCAUAUUUAUUAGAAUAGUUUUUUCUCUGACUGGCAUGUUUUUAGGAAUGAUUAAGCAAGAGAUUUAUGGGUGUUCUAGGCAUGAAUUCAAUCUGCAAAGCAUUAUGCAAUAUGCAUAUCACCCUUUUGAAAAGCAACAACAACAAAGAAAAAAAAUGGAGAACCAAGAACAUCUAAAAAAAUCCAAGGUUAUCAAAAUAGACUCAAAAGAAUCAUGGGAACAUUAUAUCUCUUAUGCUACCAAUCAAAAUUACCCUGUUGUGGUUCAUUUUUCUGCUUUUUGGUGUGUGCCAUCUAUUAUUAUGAAUCCUUUCUUUCAAAAGCUUGCAUCCAACUAUCAAGAUGUUUUGUUUCUCACAUUGGAUGUGGAUGAGGUUAAGGAAAUUGCCUCCAAGAUGGAAAUUAAAGCCAUACCUACUUUUCUGUUAUUGAAUGGUGGAACUCUUGUGGACAAAAUUGUGGGUGCAAAUUCUGAUGAACUAAGGAAAAGGGUUGAUCAUUUUGUUCAAUCAAAUCCAUCCAACAUAUCUAUUGUGGAAACAUUGAAAUGAAUGAGUAUGGCCUAGAACUAUAGUAAUGGUUGUUGUGUGUGUUUGAGAAUGAGUAUUUAAGUGUGUAUUUAUUUUGAUUUCAUUAUCAUCAAGUGUUUCUCAAUUAAUAAUCCCUAUCUUUAGCAACUGUCAUGUUUUUAGUUGGUGAGUUAUAAUUAUUAUGUUUGAUGUUAGUGUGUAUAGAUUAAGAAAUGAAUUUAAUUUGUGCGAA